UGUGGAACUCUGUAUUCCAGGUAUCUUGGCAUGACGAGUUCUUACCAGACCCUGCUUGAGGAACUACAAGAGGUGCCAGUCAGGAAGAGAUGUGCCAACCUGCAGUUCUUGGCACCGAAGCAGCAAAAACUCUGCGACCAGGAAGAGAAACUUAUUGACGUCAUACACGAGGGAGCCAAUGUUGGCAUUGAAGAAUGUCAAUUUCAGUUUAAAGAUCGUCGUUGGAACUGUUCCACCUUCAACACCACCAACGUCUUUGGGCAAGUUCUGAGCACAAAGAGUCGCGAGACAGCGUACAUCUACGCCAUAUCUUCGGCCGGGGUCAUGUACAGCGUCACUCGCGCAUGCGCACGGGGCCAGCUUGACCAAUGUGGGUGUGACACGGAAACCCGUCAGCUGGUCACAGACGGGAACUUCGAGUGGGGAGGAUGUUCCGACAACAUCAGAUAUGGACAGAGGUUCUCGAAGGAGUUUGUGGACUCUAACGAAAUGAAAAGGAAUGAUUUUGGACUGAUGAACGUCUGGAACAACGGUGCCGGGAGAAAGACCAUCAAGGACAACAUGGAAUUUAUCUGCAAGUGCCAUGGCGUCUCCGGAUCCUGCUCUGUUAAAAUCUGUUGGAGAAAGAUGAAGGCUUUUCGAAAAAUAGGCUCAGCCCUCAAGGCACGCUUUGAUGGCGCAAGUAUAGUUAGAGUGGACAGAAACAGACUGAAAUUAAAACGACUCAGUAAAAACCAAAAACGGCCUACAAAGAGAGAUCUUGUAUAUUUAGAAGAGUCUCCGGAUUUCUGUAACUUUAAUCCUACAUCCGGGUCUUUAGGAACUCGAGGCAGAAAGUGCAACAAGACAAGCAUCGCUCUUGAUGGUUGCAGUUUGAUGUGUUGUGGGCGCGGGUAUUAUACACUGGUGAAGGAGGAGAGGGAUGAUUGUGACUGCAAAUUUUACUGGUGUUGCAGAGUAGUAUGUAAGAAGUGUACACGAACUGUUGAAAUGCAUUACUGUAACUGACAGCGAUGUUACAAAUCACUGGACCUUAUUGUAACUGUCAAAAUGCAUUACUGUAACUGACAGCGAUAUUGCUGUUGGUCACACCCGAUUGUUACGGUGGAAAACGUUACUGUAACUGAUGUCGACGUUGCCAAUGGUUGCAUUGUAGUUGUAGAUCUACCUUCAAUAUGAGGACCACAGUUGCCAACUGGCGAACAGCUGUGGAUUUUGUUAGUUCAGCGAAACAGUUGAACAGAGCUAGGACAUUUCAAGCAACGAGAACGUUUUCAAGAAUCAUUUUCCAGAAAUGAUGGUUGUUUGUUUUCCUUAAUCACUUCGAAGGAGACUUGAUCGCUCUCCUGGUCUUCAUCAUCUCCUGGUUCUGUCAAUUCUGACCACCUUGGCAUUGUUCGGUUACUGUUGACCAGGUGAUCCUACGUGGAGCGACACUAUGGCUAAGGAUAACACCAAGUCCCUUCCUCUGAAAGGUCCGAGAAGGUUCCCAGACUUCAUGAUGUAUGAUGGCCAGUUUGAUCACGUUUCUAUAGGAUGACUCAAGUAACAGUCUCCGCUGCAUUUAGUUAAAGUAAUAGCUGAUGAUUCUGGUGCUCGGUAUAUUUUAUAUCAUCAACUGUCACCACAGUUACUGCAGUGGAACCUGGUUCAGAGAAUGUUCAUGCCUAAAGUGUCGCUUUGUCGAACGAAAAUGAAAUAACGAAGUUUAUGUUCUCCGCAUGCUGUAAAUCGUUAUGGACAUGAUACUAUUACUGACACUCUUAUCUAUACACCAUAACACCUCGAAGUAGAAAUUAGAUGAUAUUUGAGAAAAUCGGCGUAUAUCCAUGUGUAUUGGAUGUUGUAUUACAGGAUUAAUCGAAGUAAAAAGUAAAAAUGAUUUUACUAGUUAGUCAAUCUCUCAAGUUUAUUAGAAUAUUUUUUAACUGAUGAUUAUCUAUAUAUGACGUAAAUACUUCAGAUUAUAUAUACAUGCAAUACAUCAGUGAUCAAUAUGUAUGUAAUAAUAGUUCUCAUGUAACCUGUAAAAGCUGCACAAUGAUACCACUUGUUGAGGCUCUCCCAGUAGUUUGGACAUGUACUAAUUUCUUAACUUGAACAACAGAAAAAAACACUGAAAAAUAAAGUUAGAGUUCUUUUUGUAAAACCUU